UCACCCAAGCCGCGUCCAGCGCAGCGCCACAAGCCAGUGCCGGGCUUUUUGGGGGAGGUCUCAGUGGACCCGGCGCCCCCCAAACCCGCCCUCCCGCCGAAGUGUGGCUGUCUCCCCCUGUGGGUUUGUGGGGGAGGGGGCGCAGCAGGGAUUCCCUCCCCCCACCCCCGCUCAACCCCCAAAUCACCCCCCUCCCCGCCGCGAUGUACGACUGCAUGGAGGCGUUCGCCGUGGCUCCUCGGCAGCUCUUCGAUGUCACCAACCAAGGCUCCUGCAUGCUGCGCAAGGCGAGCAUCAGCCCCUGUUUCGGGGCGCUGGAUGCCUUCGGCUGGCCCCAGCCGGCCAGCCUGCAAUCCGUGGAGACCCAGAGCACGAGUUCGGAGGAGAUGGUGCCCAGCUCGCCCUCACCGCCCCCGCCCCCCCGUGUCUACAAGCCCUGCUUCGUCUGCAACGAUAAGUCCUCUGGCUACCACUACGGCGUCAGCUCCUGCGAAGGCUGCAAGGGAUUCUUUCGCCGAAGCAUCCAGAAAAACAUGGUGUACACGUGCCACCGCGACAAGAACUGCCAGAUCAACAAGGUGACCCGCAACCGCUGCCAAUACUGUCGGCUCCAGAAGUGCUUCGAGGUCGGCAUGUCUAAAGAAGCCGUGCGGAACGACAGGAACAAGAAGAAGAAGGACGUGAAGGAGGAGCUGGUGGUGGACAGCUACGAAAUGACUCCCGAGCUGGAGGAGUUGAUCCAGAAAGUCAGUAAGGCCCACCAGGAGACUUUCCCCUCGCUGUGCCAGCUGGGCAAAUACACCACGAACUCCAGUGCCGAUCACCGGGUGCAGCUGGACCUGGGCCUAUGGGACAAGUUCAGCGAACUGGCCACCAAGUGCAUCAUCAAGAUUGUGGAGUUUGCCAAGCGCCUGCCGGGUUUCACCACCCUCAGCAUCGCCGACCAGAUCACCCUGCUCAAGGCGGCCUGCCUGGACAUCCUGAUGCUGCGGAUCUGCACGCGCUACACGCCGGAGCAGGACACCAUGACCUUCUCGGACGGGCUGACCCUGAACCGCACCCAGAUGCACAACGCCGGCUUCGGGCCCCUCACCGACCUGGUGUUCGCAUUCGCCGGGCAGCUGCUGCCCCUGGAGAUGGACGAUACCGAGACCGGGCUGCUCAGCGCCAUCUGCCUCAUCUGCGGAGAUCGGAUGGACCUGGAGGAGCCGGAGAAGGUGGACAAGCUGCAGGAGCCCUUGCUGGAAGCUUUGAAAAUCUACGCCCGCCGCCGCAGACCCAACAAGCCGUACAUGUUCCCCCGCAUGCUGAUGAAAAUCACCGAUCUGCGAGGCAUCAGCACCAAAGGCGCGGAGCGAGCCAUCACCCUGAAGAUGGAGAUCCCUGGCCCCAUGCCCCCCCUCAUCCGGGAGAUGCUGGAAAACCCCGAAAUGUUCGAGGACGACUCGUCGCAGCCGCCCCCAUCGGCAGAGCCCCCCAGCUCCGAGGAGAGCCCGGCCGAGAGCAAGAGCCCCGAGGAGACCCCCUAGCACCCUGGGGAGUGGGGGGUGGGGACUGGGAGAAGCCCCAUCCUCAGGCACCCCACCCCCCUGUCCAACACCGAGCUGGUUCGAACAAGCCACAGCUGCCUUCACUCUGCCCCCCCAUUGCUGGGGGGCGGACAUGGGCUGGGGGGCAGCUAAUGGAGAUUGUCUGUGUGCUGCCUCAGAGGUGUAGCUCUUGCCUUAACCUUCUCUCGGGGGGGGGGCAGUCUGGAGCCCCCCACCCCCAAGCUUUUUUGUUUGCCAAAGUCUGACUCCAAGCCAAAAAUCCAGGGGCGGGCAAGGCCCGGACAGAGAGCUCCCUGCCUGGGGUGGGGGGCAGAUUCCUGGAAAUGGACCUAGAGGGGUUCAGCAGAGCCCCCCACUCUGCCCCAGCAGUGCAAUUGCCCGUCCAGCGGGGGGCACCCUGGAGCCAGAGAGAGACUUGGAAGUGAGACUGGGCUGGGAUGUUGGGGUGCCCCCCCCCCUCCGCAUCCCCAAUGAUGCUGCCUCCAGAUUCCCGACUCAAGAUCAGUCAAGACCCUGCCUCCUAAACUGAUGUUCCCCGCUGGAACCCAGGCAGCCCGGACCACUGCUGCAGAUCUCUGAAGCUGGGGAUUGCUGGGCGAGAGGCGGGGGGACGGAGCAGCCCCCCAGCCCAUGGAAAGCCCAGGAACCCCUGGGCAUGUUGGGAAAGGAGGCUGAGUGGGAGGGAGGGGGGGACGCUGCUCCCCACCCAGCGUCCUGCAGGUUUCGGGGGACGCGGAUCUCAGGGUGCGGGGAUGAGGUCCAAGUUUGGGAGGUUUAUUUUAUUUUAUGUUUUUGUUGUAUAACGUGCUAAUGGUUUGGGAUCACUCCUCGGCGGUGGGGGACGAGGGGUCCCUGUCGCGUCUCCUGGGGGCUCUGCUGGGAUGGGGGGGCCCCCAGAGGCAGGGGGCCGGGCUGCAGGGCUGUAUCUGGUUUUGCUUUUAAUGCUGUUCAGGUUUGGUGUAGUUGGGGCGUCUUUCGCUCUUGACCCCCCCCCCUUCCCAUAACUUCCAGUUCCAACCCUGCCCCCAUGACCCCCCCCCCUCCUCAUUCCCUACCCAUAACCCCCGCUGCUGCUCCCCAUAAUCUCCUGGCCCUGCCCCUAACCCUGACUAACCCAUCUCCCCAUAACCC